AUGGCGAACCUCGGCAUUUGUCCGUGUGGAUGCGACAUACAAUCAUCUCAUAUUUCCUUACAUUCACCGAGCGAGCCAUGCUGUUGUUGCAGCUAUGAUCCUUUCAGUGAUAAUUCGAAGGAGUCGGAGAUCCGGGAUCUUUCGUUUGCCUUAAAAAAGCUUGCAGUGAUGCGCUGCCAAACGAAGAAAUGGCGGAUGGAGAGACUUCAGCUUGAAAGCGAAACUAGGUCUCUGAAACAAGCCCUACAAUCAUUCGGCGUUGACACGAAUGUCGCGUUAAAACCCGAUCCUCUGAUUGUGCAUUAUCGCCAAGAGACCGAAAGACUACAAAAUGCAAAUGAAGAGCUUAAGGAAAAGCUGAAGAAUCUCGAUGAGAGUCUUGCCGAACGUGAAUGUUGGGAAGAUCCUGAAGAGGAAGUUAUAUAUGUCAGGGAGAAGAUGAAAACGUUAAAAGAGCGUUUCGUUGCUGAAAAGAAACAAUUUAGAGAAAAAAUAAGCGAACUGAGAUUGAAAUUGGCUGAAGCGGAAGAUGAUACUUCUUGCGCAGCUUUGAAUCGUCUCAGAGCGAAAUUACGAGAAUUGAUGAAGAAUGGUGAAGAGGCGGACCGGCAGGUCGCGGAUGUCGUCGAAAGGUCUAUGGAUACGAUGGUUGAUCUUUCGAAAGGUUGCGAGGAAUUGAAGUUGGAUAACGAACGACUUCACCGUUUAUUGGAAGAUCUCGGUAUGAGUCCAGAGGAGAUCGAUGAAUUGAAGAAGCUUGCCGAUGAUCCUCUUAAAAGAAACGAUAACGAUAAGUCGAUGACGAUGAGUUUCGACGAUGAUGUAGAAACGAUUGAAGAGUCACCCCAGAACAAGUUGCUGAAUCUAGAAAAAAAACUGAAAGAUUGCGAGGAAGCUAUGAAAGCUAUGAGGGAGCAGCUAGACGAAAAGAGUACCACCCUUGAGUCUUUAACGAAAGAGUUAGACCAAGAGAGGAGAUCCUCUAUCACUCUUGCAUCGGAUCUCGAUAAGGUUACUGUAAGCUACAAGACUCUGAUGGAAGAAGUAAUUGCGGUAAAGACAGAACUUCAAAGAAAAGACGAAAAAAUAACCAGUCUCAUUCAUGAACUUCGACAAUCGAUGAUUGAUAUAAACGAUCUCAGUAAGUUGCAGAGAGAAAUAGACGAAGUUAAGCCUCAACUGUACAGUAUCGAAAUUGAGAGAGAUGAACUUUUAGACGAAUUAGUGAAAACGCGUGAGGUUGUUUCAGAACGAAAUGACGAGAUUAUCAAAAUCCUCGAAUCGAAGGCAAAAUCAGAGAAGGAUUAUGCUGCGAAAUUGGCUGAUAUGCAGGAAAAAAUGGAUUCAAAAUUGUCGGAGGAAACGAGCCUGAAGAAAGAUAUCUCUGAUUUUGAGAAUGAAAUCGUACGACUUCGAAGCGUGGCACUAGAUGCAGAAGAGCAACGGGCACUUAACGAAGAGUAUAAUUUAAUUUCAGAGUUAAACACUAUGAAGCUCGAAGGGGACGAGUUGAAGAAGCUGCUUGCCGAUGAAGAAAAAUUGAAAAAUGAUCUUAGUAAUAAACUCGAUUCAAUGGAAAUAGAAAUGGAAAAGUUACGUAACGAAAAUUUAAAUCUCGCCAAUCAAUUGGAAGAAUUACGUAGGGAGAAAGAGAGGCAUGAGAAGGCUGAGGAAGAAAUUAAACAUUUUGAAAGUGAACUUGAUUCAGCGAGGACUCAGAAGGAGAAGACUGAAAACGAAAAGGCAACAUUAGCCGAGGAACUCGCGAAACUCGGCGAAAAGAACGAUAAAUUAAUGGCAGAAAACGAGUCACUCAGGAGAAAAAUAGAAGAGGUCGAUGGCUCACUCGAGGCGUUGAAUAAAUGUAAAGAGGAAAAUAAUAGUUUGAGAGGUAGGAUAAACGAGUUGGAGUCUAUAAAUAAUGCAUCGAAGGAAGAGAGUGAACGAGCAAAGGCGGAUGCUGAGAGGAUAAAGAACGAGAGUAUAGCGAUGAAGGACGCUCUUGAUAAAAUGAUAGAGGAGUUGGAUAAACUUAAAGAUGAAAAUGAACGGUUGAAAAUGCAAAACGAGGAGAAAAGUCAGUUUAAGCCCGAACUAGAAAAUUUGAGGUCUGCUAGUGAGACUCUCAGAAAAGAAUCAGAAACGUUAAAGGCAAAGUUAGACGAAACAUUGGAUGAGUUAAACGCUGAGAAAUCGGCAAGAAGUAACACUGAGACGGAAUUGAUGGCUCUGAAGAACGAGUUAAAGAAUUUGCUCGCUAAGAUUGACGAAUUGAAACGAGAAAACGAAGAUCUCAAAGAAGAAAAGGGAGAGCUGAAGAAGACGCUGUUGAAGUUUGAUGAUGAUUUGUCAAAAGUGAAGAACGCCAAUUGGGAUUUGAGUAAAGAAAACGAAACAUUGAAUAAUCGAAUAACCGAUCUGGAGGCAAAAAUUACUAAAUUAGAGGAAGAAGUUGAUCACUGGGAAACGGAGAAUGCUAAAAUCAAUUUAAAUGUUGAUAAGUUGAAGGAGAACUUGGAGAAAACGACGAAAGAUUCGGUCGAAUGUCAGGUAUCUAAGAAAUUAUUGGAACAACAAGUGUUUCAAUUGGAGGAGGAAAAUUCGAAACUUCAGAAAUACAAUGAAGACAUACUGUCCCAACUGGAUCAUCUGAAGAAGUCUCAUGGAGUCGACAAGUCAUCGAUAGAAGAGUGCUUAAAGGAUCUCAGUAACAUAAGGGAGGAGAAUAUCAGUCUGAAGGAUGAGCUAACAGCAUUGAAGGCCGAAUUAUCGAAACUUAGAAACGAGAACAAAGAUCUGAAAACUUCGCUCGAAGAUACUUUGAAACGGUUGACGUCGGCCGAUGCUGAAAUAGAACAGCAAAAGGCUGAGAUCUCAACACUGAGAACUGAGAAUACUUCGAUGAAAGGGGAAGUUGCGGGAUUGAAGGCCGAAAAGGAGAAAUUCUCGGUAGAAGCAGCCAAGUUAGAAGCGGAUUUGGCGAGGUUGCAAAACGAGAACGACAACAUAAAGGCCAACCAACAGAAGCUAGAGGUAGAUUACGGUAAAGUUCGAGGUCAGGAAGAUGGGCAAAAGAUCGAGAUCGAUAAACUGAAGUCUCAGUUAGCCGAGGAAAGAUCGAACAUCGAUAAACUGAAAGCAGACUUAUCUUCUUGUCAGAAAGAAAACGAUGAAAUAAAGGCGGAGUUGAAAAGAAUAAAAGAAGAGAAGGAAAAGUUAAAAGAUCAAUUAGAAUCAGGUAAACAAAUUUUAUUAGACACGACAAGUAAAUCGCAGACUGUAGAAGACAAAAUAUCUGAGAUGGAAAAAGAGAAAGUCAGUCUCCUCGAAGAGUUGAAAGAUCUAAGGCCGCAGAUCAAUAAACUCGAAGGACAAUUGGAUGACGAAAAAAAUGCUAAGGAAACUGCAAUAAAAGAUGCUCUCGCUUGCAAGGAAGAAUUGGCUGCAUUAAAAGAGGAAUUGGCGAAACUGCGCGCCGAAACGGGAAAAUUGCAAGCUGAAGCGGACACAUUGAAAACCCAUGCAAUCGAUGAGAGUAAGCUAAGAGAGGAAACUGCAAUAAAAGAUUCUCUCGCUUGCAAGGAAGAAUUGGCUGCAUUAAAAGAGGAAUUGGCAAGAGUGCGUGCCGAAGCGGGAAAAUUGCAAGCUGAAGCGGACACAUUGAGACCCGAUGCAAUCGAUGAGAGUAAGCUGAGAGAGGAAACUGCAAUAAAAGAUUCUCUCGCUUGCAAGGAAGAAUUGGUUGCAUUGAAAGAGGAAUUGACCAAACUACGUGCCGAAAUGGAAAAAUUGCAAGCUGAAGGGGUCACAUUGAAAACCCCUGAAGACGAUAUAAGUAAGCUGCUCAAAAAUAAAAUUAAAAAAGAAGAAGAGUUGGAAUCGGACAAUGAGAAAUUGAAGAAAGAUCUUGCAGAGAGUAACAAAAUGAAGGAUGAUGCGUUGAAGGAAAUAGAAACUCAACGAGGUCUCAUUGCUGAGUUGGAGAAAAAAUUAGACCAAUGUGAAAAAGAGACGGAAAAAUUAAAAUUGGAGAAUGACAGUUUGAAGAAUGAUAUUAGUAAGGCACGUGAUAAUCUCAAAGCAUUGGACACGGAUUAUCGUCAAUUGAGGACAAAGAUGACGGAUGAUUUAGGUCUUUCAGAAAAAGAGAUAGAUCGAUUACUAUCGAAGUCGAAGCUUGAGUUAGAAGACAAACCGAUGAUUCUGGAUGAUGGUGAUCUUAUAGUUCCGAUCAAAGCGUUGAAGGAAAAAAUAGAACAACAGAACAAUGGUGUAAAUCGUUUGAGGGAUUACGUUACGUUUUUAAGUGGAAAAGUGAAAGAAAAGCCGAAAAUGAUUUCGGAUUUAGAAGAGGACGAUGAUUUUGCUCGAAGUUUAAUUCCACCUUUCGAUGGGUUACUUCCGAUUUCCUAUGAACUGUGCAAUAAUAUUUACCGUGCCGAAAUCGAGAUACAGGAAUUGGAUGAUCUACGAAAACCUACGAUAGAGGAUGAAGUUUUGAAACUGAGAUUUUUGGAAGACGAAGUUCCCGAAGACGCGAAGAAGCCACCGGUUGAUGUCGAUGAUUGGUUAAAAUCAUUGACAUUAACAGAAAUGGCAGAUCUUCACGAUAAAAUUUGUUUACUAACGUCGAGUAUAGUUCGUGACGAUCAAGAUGCACCAAGCUGCAGUACAACUUUUACUGGACAAAGUCCUUCUCAAGAAAAUUAUGAUGUUUUGAACAAAAGAAUUGCAGCACUGCAGAGGCAAAUAACCGAGAAACAAAUGGAGGCGUCUUGGAAGCUGCAGGAAUUGAAGAAGGCUCUUCGUCUCGAACAAGUGAAUCUUAUACGAAUAUCCGACGAAAUGAAUUUAGAGAGAAAACGAAAUCUGGCUCUACAACUCACUAUGGAUGAUGGCAUCCUAACUUCGAACGAGUUUUCGAAUUAGAACAUAUUUAUGUUCAGUGUAUUGUUGUUACUGUUUGUGCCGUUGUAAUUACCGGUAUAAUUUCGAUUAAAUAAAUGUCAUGACUCUUCCGAAAUGAU